AUGGACCCGAAGUGGAAUGAUUGCUUGGUCGGAUAUCUGGUGGGGAGAAGGAAGCUCCCUUUCGGCUUGAUGGAGCAAUCGUUGAGGAAGAUGUGGGGCUCCAGAGUUGGGGAGAUCUUCGCCGAUGAUCAAGGAUUUUUAUUCCUCCAAAUCCCGGAUCCCGGGUAUAGGAGGAAAAUCCUUGAAGGUGUGCCGGUGACGAUUGCAAGGGUGCCGCUAAUACUUCGGCAAUGGAAGCCUCUUAUGGACCUUAAGAGAGAAGACCAAUCCGCCAUUCCCGUUUGGAUUCGGUUGCGGAAUUUGCCGUUCGAGUGUUGGACGGUGCCGGCGAUGAGCGCGAUAGCGAGUGUGGUGGGGAAGCCGCUAUAUGUUGAUCAACGGACUGAUCAAAUGCAGAUGGUAUCCUUCGCGAGAAUUUGUGUUGAGAUCACGGCUAACAAGCCAAGAGUAAAGAUGGCCAAGGUCACUUUGAAAGGAGUUUCGUGGUUCGUUAGCAUUGAAUAUGAAUGGCUCCCGACUGCGUGUUUGGAUUGCAACGCUUUUGGCCAUAAUUGCCGUGUUCCUCCUCAGGAACAGAGAGCCUCUGGGCGUAAUCCGAAUCCAAAUCAGGUUGCUCGUCGUCCGGCCAGACAGCCUUCAAUCGUACCUACUCCGCCAGCCGUUCCAUCCCCACCGGUUGUGGUUCCUUCGGGUCCACAGAGGGCGUCCUCUCCUCCCCCAGUUGAAGAGGUGUCGGAGCAGAUUGUGCGAAGGACAGAAACUUCUCUUGGUCCGCCUCAUGCUGUAGGAGGCGUUCGUGUUCCACCUCAGUCGGAGGUGGACCCUGUUCGACUACUGCCCGCCCCGGUUUCAAUGCAGAUUGCUCCAGCAGAGGAUAGAGAUUCUCCUCAAGCGAUCCCAGCCCCUCUGCCCGCUCAGAAUCAUCCUGGGAAAAAGGCUAAGAAAAAGAGAAAGAAGAAGAAGGUCUCCAAGACAGGAGAAUCCUCCUCCUCCUCUUUGGCAGUCGCUGACCAGCACUCUAGGGGUAUUCCGCUUGUUGCGGCUUCUCCUCCACUCGCCCCUGCUCGACCGCAUUACUCUCGGGACAAACCGCCUGCAGCGGCUCCUCCUCACCCCGCCCCUGCUCGCAAGGGUGCUAGGGGCUCCAGUGCUCCCCCUAAGGUCAUCCUAUCUCUCACGGCGGGAUCCCGGCCGCCCCCUGCUCUCCCUUUGAAGGCUAAUAUUGAGUUAGAGACGGAUGAAUCCGAUGUGAAGGCCCCCGAUGGCUCGGAUGUGAAGGUCCCCGUUGGCUCGGAUGUGGAGGCCCCCGAUGACUCUUCGGAUGAUGAGGACAUCUCCUCCCCUGAGUCGCCGUUUCAUCCUCCGCCCUUGACCGUGACAAGUGUACGAGACCAUUCAGGACAGGUUGCAUGCUCUAACCCCUGA